AUGGACUCAAACACUGAACGGUCUUCCAAUGCUCAGAGGGGCUUCAGAGUUCAAGCUCCACUGGUUGACUCUGUAUCAUGCUAUUGCAAAGUAGAUGCAAGCUUAAAAACCGUUGCGGGGGCAAGAAAGUUUGUCCCAGGAUCAAAACUUUGCAUCCAGCCUGAUAUUAAUCCUAAUGCACACAGGGCAAAAAAUUUGCGCAGGGAAAAGACCAGAAUCCAGCCACCCCUCCUGCCUGGCCUACCUGAUGAUCUUGCAAUCGCUUGUUUAAUCAGAGUCCCUCGCGUUGAACAUAGAAAACUCCGUCUAGUUUGCAAAAGAUGGUACCGCCUUCUGGCUGGCAACUUCUUUUAUUCGCUUAGGAAAAGUCUUGGAAUGGCAGAAGAGUGGGUUUAUGUCAUCAAAAGAGAACGUGAUGGAAGGAUCUCUUGGCAUGCUUUUGAUCCUACAUACCAGCUCUGGCAGCCGCUUCCACCUGUUCCUGGUGAAUAUUCUGCAGCGCUUGGUUUUGGUUGUGCUGUCCUUAGCGGUUGUCACCUGUACUUAUUUGGAGGAAAAGAUCCAUUGAAGGGAUCUAUGAGACGGGUUAUUUUUUACAGUGCUCGGACAAAUAAAUGGCACAGGGCACCAGAUAUGCUUCGGAAACGCCAUUUCUUUGGGUCCUGUGUUAUUAAUAAUUGCCUUUAUGUAGCUGGUGGGGAGUGUGACGGAAUUCAAAGGACUCUUCGUUCUGCUGAAAUUUAUGAUCCUAACAAGAAUCGGUGGAGCUUUAUUUCAGAUAUGAGCACAGCUAUGGUUCCCUUUAUCGGGGUUGUUCAUGAAGGAAUGUGGUUCCUAAAAGGACUUGGGACACAGCGUGAGGUAAUGAGCGAAGCCUAUUCUCCCGAAGCUAAUACCUGGACCCCCAUUAGUGACGGGAUGGUUGCUGACUGGCGCAACCCGAGUAUUUCUUUAAAUGGGCAGCUCUAUGGUCUGGGUUGCCCUGAUGGGUGCAAGCUUAAAGUUUAUGAUACAGUAACAGAUUCGUGGAGCAAAUUUAUAGAUAGCAAGCUUCAUCUAGGCAGGUCUUUUGCUUUUAAGGCUGCUGCACUUGUUCCCCUUAACGGGAAGCUUUGCAUUAUUCGUAAUAACAUGAGCAUCAGUUUAGUCGAUAUUUCAAGUCCGGAUAAACCUGUAGAAGGCAACCCUCACCUUUGGGAAAAUAUUGCUGAGUCACAUUGUACACUGUCAAGUGCUCCAAGCAUGAGAACUGGCAUUGACAUUGCUUAUGCUUUGUGCGAAGCAAGACUUCAGAUAGGAAGCAUUGCAGGUGUAUCUGUAAAUUCAAGGCAGUCAUCUCUUGCAAGCGAUGUGGUACGGGACUGGUGA